ACUUGUAACUUAAUUGUAUUGUAUUGUAUUGGGAGCACAACACAAUCGAACUUGCAGCGCUUGCUGGGAGAGCGUCGUUGGGUCUGCUCCAGGAAUCGAUCGACCCAUCGCCACCCUUCCCGCCAUGGAUGCCGCCGUUCCCGCAGGAGACGGCGACGACCUCCGUCACUGCCGCCUUCUCCUCUCCUCCCUAUCUGCCGCUGCCGCAGGCGCACAGUCGUUCCGCGGCCGCUGGACCUCCAUAUCGUCCGCUGUCGCUCGCCUUUCCGCCUCCCUUGACGACCUCGCUCCGCUCCCACCUACCCCCCUUGUCGCCGACCUCCUCCGUUCACUCUCCCAAACCCUCUCCUCAGCUCUCUCACUCGCCGCCAUCUGCCGCUCGCCGGAUCUCCCAGCGGCCAGGCUCCGUACCCAGAGCGAGAUCGCCGCCGCCUCCGCCGCGCUCUACCAGCUUGCUGCCGAUGCCGAUCUUAUCUUACGCUCUGGCGCGCUGGCCUACCUGCCGUCGCCUCCGAUGGAGGCGGGGAGUUCUCGACGAGAGCUCGUGCGGGCUGAGGCUAGGAGCCUUGUGACUAGACUUCAGAUUGGAAGCUCCGAGUCGAGGAUUGCCGCGUUGGAUUAUCUUCUCGACCUGCUCCACCAGGACGACAAGAACGUCGUGGUCGCUGCUGGACAGGGUGUGGUGUCAGCGCUAGUCCGCCUCUUUGAUUCUGUCACCGGCACGGUGUCCUGUCACGAGGCGAGGGAGAAGGCUGCAGCUGCGAUCGCGAGGAUCUUGGCGGUGCAAAGCUGCCACCAUUUUAUAGUGGCAGAAGGCGCGCCCCUCCUACACCACCUCGCUCGCGUCCUUGAGUCCGAGGGUGGCGCUGCCAAGGAGAAGGCUUGCAUCGCCCUCGAAAUUCUAACCCAAAAUAGGGAUAACGCCAUCAUCAUCGGGUCCCGAGGCGGGAUCGCCGCCCUCCUGGAGAUCUGCUGUGCUGGAAGUUCCUCUGCGCAGGCCGCUGCCGCUGCGGUGCUGAAAAAUCUCGCCACAUCCCAAGAGCUCCGGCAGAACUUCAUCGAAGAGAACGGAGUCCCGGUCCUCAUCAGUCUUUUAGCAUCAGGAACACCUCUUGCCCAAGAGAACGCUAUCAGAUGCCUCUGUAAUCUAUCUACUGGUGGGGAAUCCGAAAGCAUAAAGCUAUCCAUCUUCAAAGAAGGGGCUUUGGAAUGCCUGAAGAACUACUGGGAAGCAGUCGACAGAGGAGAGGAUCGAAAUCUUGAGCCUGGGGUUUUCUUAUUAAGAAACUUAGCAUCUUUCAGGUACAUAGCUGAGAUCAUUGCCGCAACUGGAUUCCUUCUUCGCACCAUCACUGCACUAGAGAGCGACAAGGCAGGAACAAGAACAGAAGCAGCCAGGGCAGUCACCGAGUUGGCUUUGGUUUUAGGGAGGACAAGGAAGGAGUUUGAGGAUGCAGUGCCUCCUCUGGCGCGCAUGUUGGAAGCCAAAGCUUUGGAGGAAAAGGAAGCUGCCUUAAGGGCUCUGGCUUCACUGAUGUCAUUCCCUGGCUAUCAGAGACUACUAAGGAAGGAGGAGAAGGGGAUUGUAAACAUUGUUCAGCUCCUCGAUCCCUUAGUCCAUAUAGAUAAGAAGUACCAAAUAUCAAUAUUGUUAUCAAUUUCGCACUCGGGAAAGUGCCGGAAACAAAUGGCGGCUGCAGGAGCUUGCAGAUUCUUGCAGAGACUUGCCGACAUGGAAGUGGAUGGUGCAAAGAAACUACUCGAGAACUUGGGAAGGGGAAAGAUACUGGGAGUGUUUCCAAGAACAUGACUAUGGAAGUCAGCUGUGAAGGAUACCCAGCUUGAAGCUGCUUCAUAUGAUGAAGACGACGGUUUAGGAUGCCAUUUAGAACACAUUCAUUCUUUACUCUGUUGGUUUGCGACUCCAUACUUCUUUCCAUGUCUGAAAUGGAUACGGAUGGCUUCAUCUUCUCAACUUUUAUAGGCUUUUGAAUUCCAGGCGAAUUUGGAAAGAUUUCUUACAUGAAACCAUCUGUACCGAGUGAUGCGAAGUCUUCACAUCUAGUCCAGAUAUUACUCGUGUGAAGAUUAAGAUAAUGGUGAUGUUGCCAGAGUUUGCUCCCGCAUAUGAACUAAUCAUAGCCUGAAAAUACAACAACAGGAUGUAUACUUGCUUACUUGGGGGUGAAAUAGUUUAAGGAAUUUCAGCAUCUGUAAUUGAUCGACAACAUCAAGGUGGUGGAGGAACUCCAAGUUUAUCUCUCGAGCCAAGAUUU